AUGGACUGCUUCUGCGCUGCGGCACCCAAAGUGAUGAAGUCGUACAAACUGGUCUACUUCGAUGCCCGUGGUGUGGCGGAGACUUGCCGAUGCCUCUUCGCGGCCGCCCAACAACCCUAUGAGGAUAUCCGACUCUCACUGACAUUCGGAAAGCCUGGGGACUUCAGCACCAUCAGCCGUCCGGAGUUCGAUGAGAUGAAAUCCAAGGGUGAGCUCGACAUCUCCCUGGGGAAGGUUCCGCUGCUGGAGGUGGACGGUAAGAAGAUUGGCCAGUCAAAGGCCAUCGAGCGCUAUCUGGCAGCGGAUUUCGGCAUGAUGGGUGGCUCCAGUGUGGAGGCUGCGCAGAUCGACCAGCUGGGGGAGACCAUCCGUGAUCUCAAGGAUGCCUACCAGAAGGCCAAGGGGGUCAAGGAGGAAGAGAAGGCGGCAGCCAUGGAAAAGUGGUUCAAGGAGGAGCUCCCGGAGUGGGUGCGCAAAGCCGAGAAGUCCUUGCCGCCGGGGACAGGUCCAUUUCUCGUCGGAGGCAAGCUGUCGCUAGCCGACAUCCAAUGGUACGGGCUGCUCCUGGCUCCCAGCGGCUUCUUCGACAACACGGAGGGCGCAAAGGCCUCCUUCCAGGACUCGCCCAGGAUGAAGGCAGCCCUGCUGGCCGUGGAUGCCCUGCCACAGCUUCAGGAGUACUUUGCCAAGCGGAAGCAGACCAUGUUCUGA